AUGUCCGAUCAACCAACCAUCCGCCUAGCUAAUGAAGAGGAUGUCGAUUACAUCCUCCAGUUCAUCCGCGAACUAGCCGACUACGAGCACGCCCUAGACCAAGUCGAAGCCACGCACGACUCAUUACUAGCAACUCUUAGCUUCGCCAACUCCUCCACCGAGACACAACAGAAGAAAAACGGCUCAACAUGGACCGCCCUCAUCUUCCCGCCCGGCUCUGAUGUACCCGUGGGUAUGGCCCUGUAUUUCUACAACUACUCAACCUGGCGCUCUGCGCCCGGGAUUUACUUGGAAGAUCUAUACGUCCAGCCCUCGCAACGCGGAAAGGGUUAUGGACUGAAACUAUUUCGGUAUUUGGCGAAUGAGGUGGUGCGGAUUGGAGGGAAGAGGUUGGAGUGGAGUGUGUUGAAGUGGAAUGAGCCGAGUAUUAAGUUUUAUAAGGCGUUGGGGGCGCAGGCGAUGGUGGAGUGGGAGAAGAUGAUGCUUGAUGGGGAGGGGUUGGAGGGCUUGGCUGCUCAAUAUUGA